UUCCUCGUCUCACCUCUGGAACAGCAUCUUAGGUUUCAACCCUUGAGUUAUAACCGUGUCAGUACAUGCUCCAGGCUACUCUGAAUGCAGCAGGAAAAUGGCGUUGUGAGAUGUGAUACUGUUCGUAAGCAGAAAAAGACAUCUGGAACGCCAUCUUUCUCUCAAUAUAGUUAUUGAUAUGGGACCAGACCAGUCCUCUUCAGGAUUGUGAGACCUCCUCUCUGAGAGUUCUAAUGAGUUAUCAUCAGAUUGAUAUGGGACCAGACCAGUCCUCUUCAGGAUUGUGAGACCUCCACUCUGAGAGUUAUAAUGAGUUAUCAUUAGGUGGCUAAGGGUGGAGCCAUCCCUAAAGAAAGACAUAAGGAUCUUGAUGAGACCAUGGACCCUGAUAUGAAGAGUGUCCAUGUGCAUAAAACAGACUUUUCUACACCCAGCUGGGAGUCCACUAGAACACUGGAGAGUGACAGAGAACUAAGGGUCCAUAUGGAGAGAGCAGAGUCACCAGCCCCCAGUUACCUAUCAAUGAAGACUCACCAAUCUAUGGAAACACCUAAUUCUUUCAAGGAAGGAGACUUUACUCAAAAAGAGGGGGUCCAUCUGGAGAGAGCAGAGUCACCAUCCCAGAGUUGUGUAUCAGAGAAGACUGACCAAUCAAUAGAUCCUCCUGUCUCUUUUAAGGAGGAGGAUCCAUCUCAACAAGAAGACAUCCGACCAGGAGAGGUGGUCUGUGAUGUAUGUGAGUCAAAGCUGUGAAAUCCUGUCUGACCUGUAACCAGUCCUACUGUGAGACCCACUUAGGAAGCACUACACAAUACCUAAACUACAGAGACAUCACCCUGGUGGAGGUGACUGGAGACCUGUUCAGAGACACCCUGUAUAGAGGAGACGCCCUGUAUAGAGGAGACCCCUGUAUAGAGGAGACCCCUGUAUAGAGGAGACCCCUGUAUAGAGGAGACCCCCUGUAUAGAGGAGACGCCCUGUAUAGAGGAGACUCCCUGUAUAGAGGAGAUUCCCUGUAUAGAG